AUGUUGAAGCAAUUCUUUCCACAAAUUUUAAAGACUGGCUUUGGCGCCAGACGGGAGAUAUUUGCCCCAUUGUUAGGCAACGGCAUUUUCACGCAAGAAGGCCCAGCCUGGAAACAUUCCAGAGAUCUAUUGCGAAGGCAGUUUCUCCGCAUCCAGAGUCGCAAUUUGGACCACUUCCACGAGCAUGUGGACAACCUAAUAGCUCAUCUGCUGUCAAGCGGGGUAGUUGACCUGAAGCCGCUCUUUUUCAAUCUAACACUUGAUACUGCCACGGCACUUUUAUUCGGGCGAUCCGUGUACAGUUUAAGAGCUAAUAUUGAUCAAGAUGCUGAUAAUAAGCUCUUUUCAGAGAGAUUCAAUAUAGCGCAAGAAGGGCUAGCAAAGCGUUUUCGCAUUGCACCGUGGCAUUUCCUUUAUAAUCCGCCGGAGUUUCGCAAUGCAUGCGCUAACGUACACCGAUUUGUUGAAAAAUACAUCGAGGAGUUGAAUUUGCCGAAAAGUGAAGCCCUAGAUAAUAAGACGUACGGCUUUAUCAAACAGGUCGCGUCUGAAUCUGAUAGCAAAGAGGACCUGCGGGACCAAUUGCUCAACGUCCUUCUGGCAGGAAGGGACACAACGGCGUGUUGUCUGUCCUGGACAUUCCGCUUGCUUGUGCGUCAUAGGCUGGUACUGGAUCGUCUGCGAAACGAAAUAUUCUCAAUCAUGGGAUCUUCCAAGCAUGCGACCAGGGAACAAAUCAAGAGAAUGCCGUAUCUUGCCUGUGUUAUCAAAGAGAGCUUACGCCUCUACCCACCGGUCCCACUGAACAACCGCGAAGCGAUUCGAACAACCAUCUUACCCACGGGCGGAGGUCGCGAUGCAACUAGCCCCAUGUUGGUAAGAAAAGGAGAGCUCGUCGUAUUCUCCCAGUAUGUCAAUUCACGCAAGAAGAAUAUCUAUGGUGUGGAUGCGGAUGCAUUCCACCCUGAAAGAUGGGAAGGAGGAGAACUUUCCAAUGUUGGGUGGGCGUAUUUUCCUUUCAACGGUGGUCCGCGACAAUGUCUCGGGGAGGACUUUGCUCUCAUGGAGGUUUCAUAUACAGUGAUCAGAUUGUUGCAGACAUUUGCGACUAUAAAGCUGCCGAAGGAAGAGCGAAUAGAACCGGUGGGGAGUGAAAAACAGCGACUUACACUGGUUCUUUCAAGUGCCGAUGGAUGUCGUGUUCAGAUUCAAUAG